AUGUUCGAUGCUAAUAAUAUUUCUGCAAGAAGGAAACGUUCCUUGGUUAUUAGAACCUUAACAUUAACGUUCUCAGAAGAAAAACAACUCAUUUAUCAAGAUCGCCAAGACCCAGCCAUGUUUGGAAGUGCACGUGCGAGCCUAGUGAAGUUUCUGGUCCACGUGUUUCUCUACACAUCUCCGUUUCUGGUCACACCUUCUGAUGGAAACUGCCCCACAGGCGGAUUUUUCUUUGCUGUGGGAAGAAACAUGCUUAGUAACCACGCCCUUCUUGGUCACGUGUUUAAAAACGCUACUGUCAGAGAACCAAUCAAAUGCUUUGAAAAAUGCCAGACUGACUGUCGUUGCAUCUCAUUUAAUUACUUGAAAAUUGCAAACGAGGACAACUGUCAGCUGAAUGAAGAAAACAAAAACACGAAAUCCAAUGCAUUGAGACCAAAGGAAAAUUAUCAAUACUACGAUUUAGUUAUUGACUACAACAUCAAGGUCGAUGUCCAGUUCAACGAAUGUCAAAAUGGAUGCUGCGGAACACAACCUUGCCUUCAUGGAGGAACGUGUCACGAGACCUGUGACGUAACGAAGGAACGAUUUACUUGCUCUUGCAAGCCUGGGUUCAUAGGAAAAUAUUGUGAAACUUGUAAGGGAACAGUUUUAAUUCUAAAUGACUUUGAAAAGAUGAGGUGACAGCAAACAAGAGAGGAUGUUUUGGAUCAUUCUCUCUUGGUUUUGAAAGUAAUCUUUUGGUUUUCGUUUGAUGUUGUUUAAUCAAUUACAACGACCCAUGAUUUCGUCUACCCAUCGCCGGAUCCGUUGCAUGUCAUCGUCUGUCGGUCCGGUGGGGGUGGGGGGUGGUGGCAGAGCUGGGUGAGGGAUGGGGUAGGGGGAGUCGGAGGUUAAAGACCUGAAACGAUAUACGAUCAAAGAUCUUUAUUCGCGAAGUCAAAUCUGACGAUCUCUUGCCCUCAGUCAA